AUGGCAUCAUCAACAUCGUCGUUUGGUCGACGAUUCAUUCCUAUCCCAUCUCAAUAUCAGAUUUACGACUCAUAUACGAUAGAUCCACAAUGGCAAAUCAAAUUCACAGUAGUAUGGACAUCCAUUCUCGCUUUUUCCUUCCUCAUAUCAAUACCAUAUAUAAUACAUUCUAUCCGAACAGGACGUCUUUAUUCUGGUCUAUCAAUCCAAGAAUCAUUCGAAAGUCCCACACGCUCUCGCUCUGCUCCCGAAUCUGCUCUUUUAUCCGAGGAUAAACGGCAAUCCAAGACGGAACCAAAGUCGAAUACUUUCUUAUCUCGUUCAUUUACCGGUGUAGGAGCUAUGAUUCAAAGUGUAACAUUAUGGACUUUACCUAUGCCAAAUUUGACCUGGUGGAAAGGUCAGGUAGGAGAUUGUUGUAGAAGAGCUUAUUUCACACUUGGCGUAUCACAAAUUAUAUUAGUUGUGGGUUAUAUGGCAAUUGUUAUAUCUUGUUUUGUGGUCGGUGCUGAAUUGACACAAAAUGCCAAUAGACCAGGAUUCAUCGCACUUUCACAAUUACCUGUGAUUAUACUAUUAUCACUUAAAUCACCGUUACCAUUACCCAUUUUUCUCCCUUCCUUGUCGUACGAACACUACAAUUUCCUCCAUCGAUGGGCUGGUCGAACUUUGUUCGUCACUGCAACAGUUCACGGUGGGAUGUGGAUCAACCAAUUCAUCAAAAAUAACGAAUAUGAUCAGAUUACAGCUGAAAAGAGUAAAAGAGGUAUUUUGGCUUUUGCUUUAAUGGGUAUGGUCGUAAUAACUAGUCUAAAACCUAUCAGAAGAAAAUGUUAUCAACUUUUUUGGAUCGCGCACGUGAUGUUCUUCGUGGGAUUCUUCGCUGCUAUCUCAUACCACACGCCAUAUAGUAGACCUUGGAUCUAUCCAUGCGUGGCUAUCUACGCAUAUGAUCUAUUCGUCAGGAUUUUGAGAUAUAGAAUAAAAGAUGCAACUCUGGUACCUGUUGAUGAGACCUUGACGAUGAUACAUAUACCGGAUUGUGAUUCUGGAUGGUUACCUACUCAACAUGUAUUAGUCCGAAUAUUGAAAGGUUCAGGUAUAUUCGAAUCGCAUCCUUUCACAAUAACCAAUGCGCCUUCAACGCCAUUUUCAGCAUCUCCAAGAGGGAUUAUUUUAUAUGCUAAAGUAUCGGGAGAUUGGACUAAAAAGUUACAUCAUAUGUCUAAAGACCUUUCGAACUUGGAAGUCGGAGAUGAUAUAGAAGAAAGAGAGCAGUUCUUAAAACAUGAAGUGGACAGUGAAGGAAACAGAAGCAGAAAUCAACAGAAAAAUCUAUUCGAUAAUCAUCCAGGCUGUAAAGUUAAAAUCAUGAUUGAUGGUCCAUAUGGUGGAUUGAAGUUGGAUCUGGGCAAUUACGAGAAUGUUUUACUAGUCGGUGGUGGAAGUGGAAUUACUUUCAUACUAGGUUCAAUAGAAGAAGCUUUGAGAGUUAAGCAAAUUGGACAUGGUAAUGGUAAUGGUCCGAAAAAGGUUGAUGUAGUAUGGGUAGUCAAAGAUUUAUCUACGAUAGAAUCCAUUUCACCUACUUUAUCGUAUUUAUAUAGAUUAUCGAAAAAGUUGAAUUUGCAAUUAACUUAUAACUUGUAUCUAACUGAUCCACCACAUCCAUUACCACUUGCGCCAAGUAUAUUAACUUCAAAUACGACCUUGUCACCUUUUAGACCAGAAGUAGCUCAACUUGUUAGAGAAGCAUUACCAUUACCUCCUUCCACUUGUAUAGAAUCACCCCUCGAACGGGGAGAAGAGUUGCCACAGUCCCAUUCCCAAACCCAAACCCAAACCCAGACCCAAACCCAAACGCAUCCUCAUCAAGGCGAAGGAAUAGGUCAUUCAGGUGGAUUGGCAGUGGUAGCUUGUGGACCGCAAGGUAUAGUGAUGGAAACUAAAAAUGCAAUAGCAAAUUUGAGUAUAACGGAAAGGAUAAAUUGUGGUGGUAUUGCAUUUCAUGGUGAAUCUUAUACUUUGUAG